AUGUCUGCUCCAGCUCCAACCUCUCGCUCUCCCUCGCCCGUCCAGGCACCGCCUGUCCAACAGACACCAGGCCCACGCGCCGCUGCUCUCCAAAAGCUCUAUUCUGAUGCCAUAUCACAUACCCUGCGGACGUGCAGCUACUCCAACUUCGCGUCGUCCUUCCCGACCCCGGCCAGUCAUGCUCCCGAUGCCAUGAAGCGCCUGCAUACCGACUUUGUCGAGAAGCUGCACCGCACCUGCAAGCUCAACUUCGAUCAGAUCCUACGCGACCGCCAGGUUGUCGCCUCGCUGAACGAUCUGGACCGCUUGGUCGACGAUGCAAGAAGAAGAAAGACUGCUGCCGAGCAAGCAACAAAUGGCCAGCCAAUACAACCUCCACUCCCGUACAUCUCUACCCAAACCCACCGCACGCGGCCAACAUACUUACGCGUUUUCAGACCUCAUACCCUGCCAGCUUCGUCGCUGUACCUUUCGCAUCUUGCGCCGCUUCUUUCUGACCAGCAUGCUUCUCUGUCGUCAAGACUGCAGACUGCUCAGUCCGAGAACGCCGACCUGGUCGACACAGUCUUGGAGCAGCGACGAGAAAUAGAGCGCUUGGUUUCACAGCUAGAGACGACGAUUGCUGACAUUGAUGCUGCUAACGAAGCUCUGCCCAUCGACGACAUGGAUGCUCUGACAGAGGAAACCGUCGCUCUGGACAUGGACCUCAGGACUGCCGGCUGA